GGAAGUAAAAGUAAACAACAGGCUAGGAGAAAGGAAAAUGAUCUGUAGCGUCAGCAGCCCUCCGUUCUCACCCGGAGUCUGUGAUUUCUCCUGAUUCAUAAUGCAUGAAGGCUUCAUAUCCCGAUAAGGACAGGGGACCCCAGUUUAGAGACAGGCUGGACACCGAUUGAGCCAUGUUAGCCAUCAGGUCGUCAGAGGAGGAGUCCACUGAGAUGGAGGAGAUGGACACCUCAGACACCAACUGGUGCUGGUUCUACCUGGCUGAGUGUGGAGUGUGGCACAUGUUUGAGAUUGAUCCCAGCGCAGCCUGCUCUGUGACGAGUGCUCAGAUUGAGCAGUGCUACAACAGAAACCAGCGAGGCGUCAUGGAAUUCUACACAGCCAAGUACACCUACAGACUGGACUUCUCAGUGAUGCGACAGAUAAAUGUAACGACGGGGAAGCAGCGGCCGAUCAAGCGCUCCUUCCACUCUGCGACUGGAUUCAGGUUUAUUUGUGAUAAUCUUGCCUUGCCUGUGCCGUGUCAUUGGGAGAGAAUUAAUACAGAUGAGCCCUAUCAGCUCCUCCCGCUCGGAAGAGACACCUACGAGUUUAAAGAGGUCGCCAGACUGUAUGAAAGGACGAUGGACCAUCCAAUCAAAUCAAUCCAGAGGAUUCAGAACCUGGACUUAUGGGAAUUCUUCUGCAGGAAGAAAACACAGUUGCGAAAAGUCAAGCGCACGCUGGAUAUUGAGGAGCGAAUGCUGUUUCACGGCACCGGACACAGCAACAUACAGGCUAUAUGUACGUUUAACUUUGACUGGCGGCUGACGGGAAGCCACGGCGAUGUCUAUGGCAAAGGAAGCUACUUCGCCCGGGAUGCCAAAUACUCCAGUAAAUUCUGUCUCACCACAGGGAAGCACAACACCACCCUGCAGAGACACGGACUCGCCCCGCCGAUAUUUGCCAGUGAGCCGCCCUACAAGACCAUGUUCCUGGCCAGGGUGCUCGUUGGGGAAUACACGGUGGGUCAUCCCAUGUACUGCAGACCGCCCUCCAAGGACGCCAGCUUCACCAACUUUUACGACAGUUGUGUGGACGACAUGGCCAAUCCAAAGAUUUAUGUCAUUUUUGACAGCAAUCAGAUUUACCCGGAGUAUCUGAUUGAGUUCUACUGAAGCCUAACAAGAAGACUUUUUUAACAGAGGCUGGAUCUCAAACAUGGAAAAUAAGGGAAAAACAGACGGGGCUUUUUCUUCAGAUCCAGUGCCUAACUGGAGCAUGUGUCAUCUAAAGUGCCUUUGGGGAAAUUGGAAAAAAACAUGAAGACAAUAAAAGACUUUGUGUACAGUUUGUAUACUGUACAGCAUAUUCUAAGACCGCGUGGUCUGAAUGUUUCUGCGACGUAAAAAAAAAGGAUGAAAAUACUGACUUAAAGUGUCUUUGUGACAAUUUUUGUAUUAACUGCAGAAACCUGUGCUUUGCUUGUUCAAUAUGUGUGCACAGUUGUUUUAAAAUAAGAGUGGCACUUGCAGCCUUUAGGUUAUACAGUAGGUGAUGUCCUGCCAUCGGCCUCCACAUCCACAGUGCCACGCAUGAGCUUAUUUACAAGUCAUGUAGACAUGAUUCCAAACGACGAAACCAAAAACCACACUGCUCACUCAUUCAGCACCGUGACCUGUCAGUUAGUGACACCCGUGUGUACCUAUAGUACAACGCAUUAUGUGGGCAUGGAUUUUUGUUUUUGUUCCAAAAAACGCUUCUACCUCUGCAUUUUUUUAAGCCAUGCAUCAGUGGACUUUUUCCCCCCUUUCCAUGAAAGGUUUUGUAAUUGUGUCACAAUGACAUAAAGUUGUGAUGUCGUGUUCACCUGUGGUCCUUG